UCAUCUUCUCUAUUAAAAAUCCUAAAACCCUGUCGCUUCUUGGGAACCAACCACCACCCACCACAUGCGAAUCGCCGAUAUCCUAAUGGACGCCGACGACGAUGACUUCGGCGAUUCCACCAUCGCCGAUAUCGCUCACCGGCGAAGGAGGAGUGAGGAUAACAGAAACUUCGAGUGUUUGUCACCGUGGUCGAUUUUCUCUCGCUGGUUGUCGUGUGCCAAGAAGUCCAAGAGGCAGAGGAGUUUGGUGAAAAUUGAGAAACUAGAGAGAGAAAGGAGGAGUGAGAAGGUGGAUGGAGAGUUUGGUAGAGAGAGAAAGGAACAGACCAAGUGUUCGAUGAAGGGAAAGAAUGACGAAUCAUCUCCUUCGGUCUCGGAGGAGCUGAAUGGAGAUUGCCGUAUUGCUGAGAUGUCAGAUGUGCCUUCCUUUGUUAUUGAUAUUACUGAUAGGCUUCAUUUGCAAAUUUCGUUCUCAGUGUUUCUGCAAGUUAAUAGGGUACUGACCAAAAGAAAGCUAAUAGUUCAUUUACAAUUUGUGUCUGCACCAUUGUGUUUGUUCUUCUCUGCGUUCCUUGCAACCUUACGUACUUCAAUGUUACCCUCUGGCCAAUAUAUUAAGGAGGCUUCUUUCAACUUGGGAGCUGGAUUUGGUCUGAUUUAUCUUAUUGCUACAAGGACAAAUGAACUUAGUAAGAUGAUGGAGUUGCGGACACAGAUGGAGAUGCUUCUUCAAAAUGUUAAAGAGGAAUUACAAAACCUAAGAACAGAUAUACUCUCAAAAACAUCUGAUCCUAUUGGUAAUAAUGGUUACUCCACCAUUGACGCUCAAGAAAGUUUAUACACUAAUGGAAAUGUUUCACUUCAAAACCUUACACCGUUGGACAAUAUAUCAGAUUCAGAAAUCCCCAUGUUAGUCAAUCAAUCCCUGAAUAGCGAUACUAGUAGACAAGAAAGACGCAUAGAAGAAAUGGAUCAGCUUGAGGCAGAACUUGAAGUUGAAUUAGAACGCUUACAACGCCACUUGGACACUGAAGCAAUGCUGGAAAACUCAAAGCAGCAAAGGAUGGAGAUGCCUUUUGAGGAUUCUGCUCCUGAAGAAAGCUUCAGUGGUUCUGCAGAAGUUUUAGACCCGCCAGAGGAUGACACCAGAGAACACUGGCCGGUUCCUCCCAAUGAAUUAGAGAGGAGGUUGCAUGAACUUCUGGAAGCAAGACAGCAGGAAAGAAUAAAAGAGCUGGAAGCUGCUUUAGAAUGCGCGAGGCUCAAACUUUAUGAGAGGGACACUGCACGAUUCAUAUCUCAGCGUGUUCCAGAGUCCUAUCACUUGUUAAGGUAAGCAUCAAUUGUGCAGAAGUUUUUUUGAAAAGGAAAUCUCGAUCAACACCUUUGUGUAUGUAGAACUUCAGUGGACUCAAACUAUUGCUCUUUUCGAUUAUUUAUUUAUUUUUGCUUGCGGUUCCACACUGUGUGAAAAAUGAUCUGUGGAAGAUUCAGCAGAUUAAGGUUCUUUUUUCUUUUGAUUUUUUCCCUAUAUAAAGAACACAAGGAUGUGAGUUGUGUACAUGUCAUUUUGUUUGUACUUCCUUAUAACUGAUACAACUUUACACAUCAUUACAAGUGCCUA